UGGCCGACAGUGGACUGACUUGCUAGAAAGACUUGAAUAAAACCUCUGUGUUCAGUGACGCAGGAGAACACAGUGGCCGAUCGGAGCUGCACUGAUGUGCAACAACUAAAACCAAGAGUCAACAGUCCCGAGUUUUGACAAAAUACCACCUUCUUCAAACAGAUGAGGGAUAAGCGACCGAAAUGCCCGGGUUUGCGCUGAUGCUGUCGUUUACCACAUCUUUAACUUUGCAGUGUUUUCCGCGCAUUAUCCAUACCAUCUGUCCGUAGUCGAAAUUACGGCUCCAGAAACUGAUUGAUCCACGCUUCUCAUUCAUAUUUCACGGCAUGACAUGUAGAUAAUCAUCCGAUACUUUGAUGGGGCUCCUGAGGAUCAUGAUGCCACCCAAGUUCCAGCUCCUGGCAGUUCUGGCGUUUGGAGUGGCGAUGCUUUUUAUUGAGAACCAGAUUCAGAAGCUGGACGAGUCUCGGGCAAAAUUGGAGCGCACCAUGGCCAGACACGAGGUGCAAGAGGUGGAGCAGAGACAGAUGCGGGACAACCUACGGGACUCUCCAGCGUUGGCUGAUAGUGACGAUCUGGUUAUCAUCUAUAACCGGGUGCCCAAGACUGCAAGCACCUCCUUCACCAACAUCGCAUAUGACUUGUGCGGGAAGAACCGCUUUCAUGUUCUCCACAUCAACACAACCAAAAACAACCCAGUCAUGUCCCUACAGGACCAGAUGAGGUUUGUAAGGAAUGUGACAUCCUGGCGGGAAAUGAAACCAGGUUUUUACCAUGGCCAUGUUGCCUACCUAGACUUCUCAAAGUUUGGGCUUAAGGGGAAGCCAGUUUAUAUCAAUAUCGUACGGGAUCCCAUUGAGAGGUUGGUGUCAUACUACUACUUUCUGCGGUUUGGAGAUGAUUACCGGCCAGGUCUCAGACGGAGAAAGCAGGGGGACAAAAAGACAUUUGAUGAGUGUGUGUCAUCCGGAGGUUCUGAUUGCGCUCCUGAGAAGCUUUGGUUACAGAUUCCGUUCUUCUGUGGCCAUUACUCUGAGUGCUGGAAUGUUGGCAGCAGGUGGGCUCUGGAGCAGGCCAAGUAUAAUUUGGUGAAUGAGUAUCUGCUGGUGGGAGUGACAGAGGAGCUGGAGGACUUUAUAAUGAUGCUUGAGGCAGCGCUGCCACGUUUCUUCAGAGGAGCAACAGAACUCUACCGCACAGGUAAGAAAUCUCACUUGAGGAAAACAAGCGAGAAGAAACCUCCAACUAAAGAGUCCAUCUCAAAACUGCAGCAGUCCAACAUAUGGAAGAUGGAGAACGAGUUCUACGAGUUUGCACUGGAGCAGUUUCAGUUUGUGCGUGCUCACAGCGUCAGGGAAAAAGAUGGAGAGCUCUUUCUGCUGGCACAGAACUUCUUUUACGAGAAGAUCUAUCCAAAAGUAAACUAGAGGAGACAUUGUGUAAUAGUGCGGCUCAAAGCGAGUUAUAAAGUUGUGUCCUUCGGCCUGUUUAAUUACUAUUCAGUCACAUGCAAUGGAAUGAGAAGAAGAGCAUGUCUAGAACAUGGUCACAAAUGCCUGUAAGUCCUUAAGGGACAGAGGUUUUUAGACCGUGUCCUCCUCCUGGCUCCCAGUGUGCUUUGAGAAACUCAACAGCUUCUCGCAGUACAGACAAGUGAGACCACUUUGAGUCCGGAAUUGCUUAAUGCACUUACAUACAACAGUAAAGACACUUGAAAAAAUAAUGAAAGACAAAAACGAGUUGUUUCACGUAGUUCAUCAUGCCUUCCAAAAGAAAAUGUCAGAAACUGUUUGGCCAUCUGUCACUGUUGUGAAGGGUACAUUUGGAACAGGGUUAAAGGGGUACUGAUUUUUGUACCAGACAUUUGGUACAUUAAGAGCGCCUCCUUAUUUUACUACUAACUGUGGUUUUGUGAAUUUAUAACACUUUCUGCAUUGUGCAUAUUAAUUUUUAAAAGAAUUCCAUGAACAGUGUUUACAGACUUUAGUAAAGGUAUUGUAGCCAGAGGAUAAAAAGUGGUCAAACAGAUGUCAUAUCUGUACAAAUUGUAUUUACAUAUAUAUAUAUUUUAUGUAAUUGGACCAAAUGGUUGCAAAAAUGUCAGAGUUGUAGUUUAAACCUAUAGUGAUUUAGAAAAUAGACACCUUUUUGGGGGGAUCUCACUGGUAUUUUCUUUCUUCAUUUCUUUUCUAUUCAUCUUUUUUCAUCACAGUUACUAGGCAAAGACUCUGAAGUAAACUGUAAACUCUGAAGCAGUUUGAUUACGCCUCCUUUAUCAUGUUUAUACCUGUUUCUGCAAGUGUGAGGCAGAUUUACAAAUCUUAAAACCAUGACAUGGUCCAAAAUGUGUUCCUUGAGCAGUAACUACUGGUAUCAUUGUGUACCUCAGUAUAAGCUCAAGUUAAUUGGUCUCUACAGACUACUGCCCUCUCAGCACUCAUAAAUAGACCUCCUGUGUAUUGAUUAAACCUGGCCUUUAUAAAAGUUUUGCUGUAGUGUGUUUUACCAGAAGACCCUGGAAGGAAGUCAUCUCUAUAUCUGUCUUUGUCUCUGAAUGUCUUUUGGGUCACAGGGUUCAGUUGUGAAUGAAAAGAUCAAGGCUCAAACCAACAUUAGUUGUACACUAAAUAGUGCCUUCAUUAAAAAAAAGAAAAGAAAAAAAAAGAAAGAAACUUUCAUCACACACCCUGGUUUUAGCAAUUGUUCAUAUGUUUAAAACAAUGUCUGCAUUUUUUUUAAUGCUAAUUUUUCUUUUUUGUAUUCUGUAUUUAGGUUGUUUCCAAUUUGUCUUAAAGCAUUUCAAAUAAACAUUACUGUCUGUGAGAACAUUUUUAUCAGAAUCUUCUACAAUGAAGUUUUCAAACAGACACCUAUAAUCCUGUCAACUGUAGGAUGGCUGGAUACAACUGACAGAUAAAACUCAUGUUAAAUAGAAUUCAUUUUAAAGGAGAAUUUCACCUAAAAAUAUAAAUGAUGUCACUAUUUACUCACCCUUGUUUAGUUCCAAACCCGUGACUUUUUUUUUUCUUCUCCAGAACACAAAAUAUAUAUUUUAAAGAAUGUCGCUGAUUUCACUUAAACUUUUCACUUUGAUUCUCACUUUUAAAACAUAAAAAAAUCACCCAGUGUCAUAAAAGUAGUCAAGUUGCCCCUUGCGUGUCAUAUUCCUGGUUUUCUGAAGGCAUACAGUCACUUUGUAUGAUGAACAGAUGAAAACACAAGUCAUUAUUCACAUGAAAUCACUUAUUAACUCAAUAAAUCUAUUGAUGACAACAUCAAAACUCAUUGGAUCUUGCUCAUCUCAUGAUCAAGCGUCAUGACAAAAGAACCAAUGUAGUACAAAGUAAUCGUAUGGCAGCAGAAGAUUGUAUAACAUGACAGAGAAGUUGCAUGGAAUACUUUGACACUUUUAGAUGCUUUUUAUUUUAUUUAUUUUUUUUAAGCUUCAAAGUUAGUCACUAUCCACAAGUUAUUGUAUGGAAAUC